GCAAGGAUGGCGGCGGCCGAGGCGGCAGCGGCGGAUGCGGAGGAGGCGGCGGUGCGCGACGUGCAGCGGCUGCUGGUGCAGUUCAAGGAUGAGGAGGGGGCGCGGCUGGGCUCCCCGUUCGACGUGCCCGUGGACAUCACCCCGGACAAGCUGCAGCUCGUGUGCAACGCCCUGCUGGCCCAGGAGGAUCCCGUGCCAUUGGCUUUCUAUGUCCACGAUGCUGAGAUCGUCUCCUCACUGGCAAAGACACUGGAGUCGCAGGCGGUGGAGACAGAGAAGGUUCUGGACAUCAUCUACCAGCCACAGGCUAUCUUCCGGGUCCGUGCCGUGACCCGCUGCACCAGUUCGCUGAAGAUGCACAGCGAGGCCAUCAUUUCCGUGGCCUUCAGCCCCACGGGAAAGUACCUGGCCAGUGGCUCUGGGGACACCACGGUGCGCUUCUGGGAUCUCAGCACAGAGACGCCACACUUCACAUGUCAGGGACACAGGCACUGGGUCCUCGCCGUUUCCUGGUCCCCAGACGGCCUGAAGUUGGCCUCAGGCUGCAAAAACGGCCAGAUUCUUCUGUGGGACCCGAGCACAGGGAAGCAGGUGGGCAGGGCCCUCACCGGCCACAGCAAGUGGAUCACCGGGCUGAGCUGGGAGCCCCUCCACAUCAACCCUGAGUGCCGCUACGUGGCCAGCAGCUCCAAGGACGGCAGCGUGCGGGUGUGGGACACGGUCGGCGGCCGCUGCGAGCGCAUCCUCACGAGUCACACGCACUCGGUCACGUGUGUCCGGUGGGGCGGCGACGGGCUCCUGUACUCCUCCUCCCAGGACCGGACCAUCAAAGUGUGGCGCGCUCAUGACGGCGUGCUGUGCCGGACCCUGCAGGGCCACGGCCACUGGGUGAACACCUUGGCACUCAGCACUGACUACGCCCUGCGCACGGGCGCCUUCGAGCCAGCGGAGGCCACCAUCAAUCCCCAAGACCUCCAGGGGUCCUUGGUGGAGUGGAAGGAGAGGGCUCUGAAGCGGUACAACCUGGUGCGGGGCCAGGGCCCUGAGAGGAUGGUGUCUGGCUCCGAUGACUUCACCUUAUACCUGUGGACCCCCGCAGAGGACAAGAAGCCCCUUGCACGCAUGACAGGACACCAGGCCCUCAUCAACCAGGUGCGCUUCUCCCCCGACGCCCGCAUCAUCGCCAGUGCCUCCUUCGACAAGUCCAUCAAGCUGUGGGAUGGCAGGACGGGCAAGUACCUGGCUUCCCUGCGGGGCCACGUGGCUGCCGUGUACCAGAUUGCCUGGUCGGCCGACAGCCGACUCCUGGUCAGCGGCAGCAGUGACAGCACACUGAAGGUGUGGGACGUGAAGGCCCAGAAGCUGUCCAUGGACCUGCCAGGCCACGCGGAUGAGGUGUAUGCUGUGGACUGGAGUCCAGACGGGCAGAGAGUGGCCAGUGGGGGCAAGGACAAAUGCCUCCGGAUAUGGAGAAGAUGAGGAAUCUCUGGCUCUCUCGGACUCACACUUGGACUUGCCUCCCCCUGGGAUCAGGAGGUGGCUGGAGAACGAAGCCUCUGUCUUUGACUGCCCCAGUGGGAACCUGCCUGGCGCAGGCGGCCAUGGAGGGCAUCGCUUGGACCUCGCAGGUGCUGGCCCGGGCGGUGUCUGCUGCCUUCUCUCCCA